AUAUCCGAUGCCAAAGCGUAUGUGUGGCUGUGGCCACUCUCGUGGCUCGCUCCGGCUGGGACCGGCACGCCCCCAAUCUGCUGUUGCUCUCCCACUUCAUCUCUGCAGCUUCAAAUCCCCCCAUGCUAGUUUCCUCGCUAAAGCCGAAGCUGCGCAGUCUACUCAUUUUCCAAGCCUGUGAACGCGAGGCCUGUGGGAGUCUGCGCGCGUGUUUUGCAAUGGCGACUAGAAUGGCGGCAGGAAGUGCCGUGUCCUCGUUCGCUGCCAAAGUUUCCUCCAGUUCCCUCGAGGGGAAGAGAAGCUCUGUAUUUGGUACCAACUUGGCAUGCACUCUCAAUGUCACGUUGAAGGCCUCAUCCUCUGCCAAGACUGUCGUCACCAAGGCCCAGCUUAGCCCCACUGGUGGGAGCCAGAGGAACCUGAUCUUUGCCUCCAAGCAAAGCCUGUCUUACCUUGAUGGCACCUUGCCCGGCGACUAUGGGUUUGAUCCGUUGGGCCUGAUGGACCCCGAGGGUGCCGGUGGCUUCAUCGACCCCCAGUGGCUCCCAUACGCCGAGAUCAUCAACGGGCGGUUCGCCAUGCUGGGAGCGGCCGGUGCCAUCGCACCUGAGGUGCUGGGGAGAAUCGGGCUGAUCCCGCAGGAGACCGCCAUCCCGUGGUUCCAGAGCGGCGUGAUCCCGCCCGUGGGCAACUACAGCUACUGGGCCGACCCGUAUACGCUGUUCGUGCUGGAGAUGGCGUUGAUGGGAUUCGCGGAGCACCGACGCGCGCAGGACUACUACAAGCCCGGAUCGAUGGGCAAGCAGUACUUUUUGGGGCUGGAGAAGUUUUUGGGAGGAUCGGGCAACCCGGCGUACCCAGGAGGGCCCAUCUUCAACUUCUUGGGAUUCGGGAAGAACGAGAAGGAGUUGCAGGAGCUGAAGGUGAAGGAGGUCAAGAACGGGCGGUUGGCGAUGAUGGCGGUGUUGGGGUACUUCACCCAGGCCAUCUUCACAGGCGUGGGCCCGUUCCAGAACCUACUGGACCACUUGGCGGACCCCGUGCACAACAACGUGCUGACGAACCUGAAGAUCCACUAGAGUGUAGGCAGGAGCUACAGAACAGGAUAGAAUCCUUGUAACAUGGUUGCGUGUGGAGGUGUGAUCUGCUCCGGAAUCUGUCGAAAUUGUUGCCAAAGGCUUAGGAAUGUAAAUGCAUUUCGAGUUGGCAAGCAAAUUUGGCUCAAGCUGUAGAAUGGGCAUUGUGUACAUUUUACUGGGACGAGAAUGCCUCAUGCUGAGAGGAAUGAAACAGUUUGUACUUGUGCCGCGAUAUCUUGUUGUCUGUGUCGCUCUUUCCGAUAAUGUAUAACUUUCAUGUA